GUCAGUACGCGCUGAUUGGUUGAGCGGUUAAGCACAUCCGUUAGCGUAUCCGGAAAUGUUGAGAUGAGACCCAAGAAACUCUCGAGCUAAACCAGACUAAAAAAACAAAAACAAAAACAAACCCAGCAUAAAAGCGGAAUGGGGCAGUUUGAAGAUCAGUUGGCAGAAGAAGUGCGACGUUAUAAGCACCUGUACGACCCUUCUUCAAAACAUUACAAACACAGUGACGUGAUGAUGAAGUCCUGGAUGGAAAUAGGCAAAACACUGGGCGAAGAUCCGGAGGUGUGCAUGAAGAAAUGGAAAGCAAUUCGAGAUAAAUUUGUGCGUCUGAAAAAAAAGUUCAAGACCAGAAAUGGGGACUCCGGGCCGGAUGAAGACAAAGAACCCGAGUACUGUAUGAGGUUGUCAUGGCUCAACGGGUUUAUUAAACACCGAGACACGAAGAACGACAUGGUCUCUAAAAGUGAGGUGGGAGAGUGGAGGCGGAGUACAGUUCCGCACGCGACGUGUAGCGACGACGACUCCGCGUGCACGGAAGUGUCGUCAGUGAGCCAGCCAGUCAAGAAGAGGAAGCGAGUCUCCAAAGGGGAGGACAUUGUGGACAAAAUAGCAACUUUACGUCAGGAAAUGGUGAACUGUACGGCUCUGGUGUCCCAGCUGAGCGCCAUCACUGAAUCCCGCCGGAGCAGCGACGAGUUUUUCACUUUUGCCCAGGCUGUAGCGGACUCUCUCCGGAAACUCCCUCCUGAGCGAGUGGAAGCUACCAAAGUCAAACUGUUUACUGUGCUUGGAGAAGCACACAGUGCAGCCGGACUUUAGGAUUUUAAACCCCUCUCUAUAUUUUUCUGCUUUAUGUUUGGUCGAUGUUAUGCACAAGUAUCUAACAAUUUCUGUUUUUACACCACAUGUUCCUCUGUUCCAACAAUGAGCCGCCAGCAUUCUUACAAUGUACAACAUAGUAGUUAUUUUUAUAUUAAACUAAAAUGGUUCACAACUUUUA